UCCAACAUGGCGGCCAGUACUGAAGCGUAGCCCUGUAAACUUACCUUUUCUUCCAAGCAGCUAAUAUUUAGACAAUAGAAGAAAAGCAAAGACAUGAGAACAGACUCCAGGUUUUGGGCAUUUAGGAUCCCUGUGUCCAGAGGCUGCCGCAGUAUUUCAGUUGCUAACAACAGGGAAGUCCCUGGCGGAGCCUACUUUGGACACGGUAUUUUGUAGAAUGACAACCUUCAACUAGGAGGAGGGAUGAGUGGCUUUGGGCCAGCAGAGCUGGUCGCAGGCCUGUGUCAUACAGAAGAGGAGAAUCCUUUCCCUGUGUGGCAGGAUGGACACAUCAGCCCCUGUUUUAACCAGCUCAUCCUUGGAGCCCUGCCUCACGCUGGAAUGGCCGUUUGUAGCGCCUGCUACCUUAGCAUGGCAAGAUGCAGCCUCCUCCAGACAUCUCCUGCUUGUGGUUGGACUCUCAGGCUGGUGUCCACUCUGCUGAUGACACUUCUUUUCACCACAGAUGUCGUCCUAGUGAGCAUCCUUCAGCAGGGGGACAUGUACCUGGAUGUCCUAGUGGACAGCUGUGCCAUCCUGGCCUGGCUGAGCCACUGCAGUGCCAUCGCAGUGCUCCAGAGGACUGCUUUCAUGAGAACUAGAGGACCCCUGCUGCUGCUUCUGCUGGUCCUUCUGUCACUUCCCAACCUUGUCAUCACCUUGAUCAUUUAUUGUGAUAAUCAGGACUAUCUAAACAUCACUGAUCCUCUAAAAUUGGCACGAUUUGUGCUUGUCUCAGCGCGGACACUCCCCAUUCUGGUUUAUCUUCUGGCGUUUGCAUUUCCUUGCAUCAGUGACGCUGGGUAUAGCUUGCAUAUUAACACUGUGGAUGGAUCCCCUCUCGUUCUAGGGAGCACCCAGCCGGAUACGGGUCAGAUGGUGGCUGAGGACGGGAGCGGCUGUGUCUCUCGACUCUUCUACCUGUGGUUGACCCCUCUCCUCAGGCGAGGCCAGCGCGGCGAGCUGGACAGACCAGCUGAUGUGUAUCACCUCCCUCGGAAACUUCGGACUAGCGUGGUUUGCCGAUACUUUCACCAGUGUUGGGAGUUCUGCCGGUGGGGGGCAGCGGCCAGUAACGGGCGGAACCGGUGGCCCACACCGGUCAGCACAAACCUCCUGACUGGCAGCUGGAGCUCACACUACCUGGAGGAACCACUGGAGCUGGAGGGUGAUGUAGCACUGCUGAGGGUGCUGCGCAGGGCGUUUGGGUUGCGGUAUUACAUGCUUGGUGUACUGAAGGUGGUGGUCAACAUGCUGAGCUUUGCAGGACCCCUGCUGCUCAGCAGUCUGGUCAGCUUUAUGGAGGAAGAAGGAGCUCCAGUCAGCAGGGGUGCCUGGUGCAUCCUGGGACUCUUUGCCAGCACCCUUCUUUCUUCCAUCCUCCGAAACAUCUUCGUCUUUGAGGUCUCCAAAGUGGCACUGUCAGCACGCGCCGCGCUCGUGUCGGCCAUCUAUGGCAAAGCCCUGCGUGUCAGCAGCAGCAGCCUUGCCGGCUUCACUCUGGGAGAGGUGGUGAACUUAAUGAGCACGGACACCGACCGCGUGGUCAACUUCUUCACCAGCUUCCAUGAGCUGUGGAGCCUGCCCUUCCAGUUUUCUAUCACUGUCUACUUGCUCUAUCUGCAGGUGGGCAUGGCCUUCCUCGGAGGGCUGUGCGUGGCGCUGCUGCUGGUGCCCCUCAACAAGUUCCUCGCUUCCCGGAUCCUUAACAACAACAAACACAUGCUCAGGUACAAGGACAGCCGUGUUAAGUUAAUGACAAAGGUGCUCUUUGGCAUCCAGGCCAUCCCGUUCUACAACUGCGACUGCCACCGGGGCUGCGAAGGAAAGAUCCUAACACGAUCACCAGUUCUCUCUCCGCACCCUAAUAAAAAGUCAUUUCCAGUGUUCACCACGCUGGCUCUGGUGGGAAUGUUAAUCGUCCCACUCAACUGUUUUCCCUGGGUUCUCAACAGCAUCCUGGAGGCCAAAGUGUCUCUGGAGCGAAUCCAGCGCUUCUUCAGACUGACCAACCAGGAUCUGCAGGCGUACUACGCUCUGUUGUCUCCUGAGGACAGCCAGACGUCAAUCCUGUUGAACCAGGGGACAUUCUCAUGGCAGGGGCCCGACAGUCAUGACCAGAACACAGAUGAAGAAACAGGAAGUGGAGCUGCUAAAGGAAGUCAGCUGUUGCACAGUCUCAAUCUGCACGUAACCAAGGGCUCUCUGGUCGCUGUGGUGGGGAAGGUCGGCUGUGGGAAGAGCUCCCUGCUGGCUGCUCUCACAGGAGAACUCAGCAGGCGGAGCGGAGUGGUUUACGCUGCAGAAAGAGAGGCUGGCUUUGGUCUGGCCUCUCAGGAGCCAUGGAUCCAACAUGCAUCAGUACGAGACAACAUCCUGUUUGGCAGAGACUACGAUCCCGCCUUCUACCAGGCUGUGAUCGAGGCCUGCGCUCUCUCAGACGACUUCAGCGUUUUGCCAAACGGUGACAGGACAGAAGUGGGGGAGAACGGGGUGACUCUGAGUGGAGGACAGAAGGCACGGCUGGCCCUCGCCAGAGCUGUGUACAUGGACAAAGACAUCUACCUCCUGGAUGAUCCGUUGGCAGCAGUCGAUACCGACGUGGCCGAACACCUCAUGCAGAAAUGUAUCGUGGAGCUCCUGAGGGGGAAAACCAGGAUCCUCUGCACGCACCGCAUAGAGUUUGUGGACAAAGCUGACAUAGUGGUCCUCAUGGACAACGGAACAAUCAUCAGAACAGGUACACCAGCAGAAAUCCUUCCUUUGGUAGAGGCAGUGCCAAAAAAACGGAAGAACGGCCACGACACAAAAGAGAAAAGUGGUGUGGAGCAGGACGAGGAGGAAGCGGGCUCACCUCCUGGUCUGUGUGCAGAUGACGACCCUGACCCCUCAGGGGAGGAGCAGAAGCAGGCGGGCGGGCUGGCGUGGAGAGUUUACCAGACCUACUGGGGGGCUGUGGGUGGAGCGCUGGCCGUCUCCAUCCUGAUGUCUCUGCUCCUCAUGCAAGCCUCAAAGAACGUUUCUGACUGGUGGCUGUCGCAUUGGAUCUCAGAGAUGAAAAACAACGGCUCCUCCAGCGCCAACGGUUCUUCUUCAGGUGCCUUCAGCUCACCUCACCUGCUGCUCUUCUCCCCUGGAGGCCUGGUAUCUCCUCUGUCCUCUGUGCAAACAUUUGUUUCAAGCAACAUGAGCUCUGAUGUCAAGUUUUAUCUGACGGUGUACGGCUCCAUCGCUGUGGCCAACACCAUCUUCACUGCCCUCCGAGCCUUCCUCUUUGCCUACGGAGCCAUCUGCGCUGCCACAGCCAUUCACAACAGACUUCUGGACCGGGGUCUUAAGGCCACAGUGACCUUCUUCGACACCACCCCGCUGGGCCGCAUACUCAACCGUUUCUCCUCAGACCUGUACAGUGUGGACGACAACCUGCCCUUCACCCUGAACAUCCUGCUGGCCAACGUUUUCGGUCUGCUCGGCAUGCUGGUGGUGAUCAGCUAUGGCCUGCCCUGGGUCCUGUUGCCCCUGCUUCCCCUGGCUCUGCUCUACCACCGCACCCAGCGCUUCUACCGCCACACGUCUCGGGAGCUGAAGCGGCUGUGCAGCCUCACUCUGUCGCCCGUCUACUCACACUUCUCUGAGACGCUCACUGGCCUGGGGACCAUCCGGGCCAGCGGCAGCUCUGCCAGGUUCCAGGAGGAGAGUGCUAAGCGUCUGGAGCAGAACCAGCGCUGCCUGUUUCUCAGCAACGCUGCGAUGCAGUGGCUGGACAUCCGCCUGCAGCUGAUCGGAGUGGCUGUGGUGACCGGCCUUGGGGUGAUCGCCGUUGUCCAGCACCAGCUCAGUUCUGUUGAUCCAGGUCUGGUGGGUCUGUCCUUGUCCUACGCUCUGUCCAUCACCGCGCUGCUGUCUGGCCUCAUAUUCAGCUUCACUCAGACUGAGAUGCAGCUGGUGAGCGUGGAGCGGACUGAAGAAUACUCCACGGGGCUACCGGCCGAGCCCCAGCAUCAGAACAUGCAGCUGCCCCCUGCAUGGCCCGAGCAGGGCUGGGUGGAGUUUCGCGGCGUAGUUUUGGCGUAUAGGGAGGGUCUCCCAAACGCCCUGGACGGGGUGAGCCUGGUGGUGCGACCUGGGGAGAAGGUGGGCAUCGUGGGACGCACAGGCUCUGGCAAGUCCACCCUGUUCCUGGCCCUGUUUCGUAUGGUGGAGCUCAGCCAGGGCCAGAUUCUUCUGGACGGGCUGGACAUCAGCACUGUGGGCCUCGCUCAGCUCAGGUCCAGGUUGGCCAUUAUUCCUCAGGACCCGUUCCUGUUCAGUGGGACCAUCAGGGAGAAUGUGGAUCCAUGCGGGCGACACCCAGAGCAGCAGCUGCUGGACGUCCUGGACCAGUGCCACCUCAGCUGUGUGGUCAGCAGGCUGGGUGGUCUGGACGCCGAGGUUGGGGAACGGGGACGGUCCUUCUCUGUGGGACAGAGACAGCUUCUGUGUCUGGCCAGAGCUCUGCUGACCCAGGCCAAGGUCCUGUGUAUCGACGAAGCCACGGCCAGCGUGGACCAGAAGACGGACAGACUGCUGCAGCAGACCAUCAGAGAGAAGUUUCAGCACCACACCGUGCUCACCAUCGCCCACAGGAUCAACACCAUCAUGGACUGUGACCGGGUGCUGGUGAUGCAUGCUGGGAAGGCGGUGGAGUUCGACACUCCGGCUGCUCUCUGCCAGACCGACCGCUCCGUCUUCCACAGGCUGGUUGGCGGGAGCAGAGAGAGUGACGGCUGAAGGAGGGAGCUGCACCUCUGGGCAGCUUCGCUCAGAACUCGCUGCCUUUGUCAGCAGCUUCCUGUUUGACACAGUUUUACAGCUGUUACAUUACAAACUGGAGCAGAGAAGCGAUGGACGCCUCGCUCUGGAGCUCUGCCAGUCAUGUGAACCUGAUGCCGUCUAGUUUCUUUAAGUCAGAUGAUUUUUAUUACAGACACCGUUUUAGCUAUUUCCUCUUAAAAGACAUUUUGCCGACUCAAUCUAAAUUUUGGGGACAUUUUGAACUGUAAAGCAAAAUGUUUGAGGUGACUGUUGAUAAAUGAACAGCUAAUAUUUAUUUUAUGACUCAAACAGAGAAGCAGAUAAUAAUGUUCUGCUCUUUUCUGUGUAGUGUGCUCCAUGUUUGAAUGUUUCAGAAAUUAAAUUAAACAUGGGAAUGAGGAAAUAUAAAAAUGCAAACUCUGGUCUGGUAGCUACUACGAAGCCCUUUGGGAACAUUUUUCUCCCACUCCUCUUACUGGUUUACUCAGUUACAGACGCCUCUCCACCAGACCCAGAAUGGGAUUUCAGUUGAGGAAGCCGUCAUCUGAGACCCCCCUCUGUUCGUGCAGUGUGUGGAGUUUCCACUUCUUCUACAUAAUGGAUCUCUGCAGAAAAAACAUCCACCCAUCAUCUGUACGGGGGGGUUGGAGCCAGUCCCAGCUGACACUGGGCGAGAGGCGGGGUCCAGUCUGUCACAUGACAUGUAGACA